UCAAUGGAUAUACAAUAAAAGAUUGCCCAUUAUUAUGAGACUGUUCUAUCCAAAACUCAUCUUAGAACUCUACUUGAUAAUGAUGAGAGAAACAAACAUUUGGUAACAUCAUAUGAUGGAAUUUUAUUGGAUUAUUCUCAUGAAAAAGUAGAUGCUGAAUUGAUUACAUAAUUUUAAUAAUUAGCUGAAAGUACAAACCUAUUUGGAACUCUUUAAGAUAUCUAAUCAGGAGUAUUGUAUUCAUUAUAAAUAGAUCAAAUUUAAUUCCACUGAAAAUAGAGCAGUAUUACAUACAGCUUUAAGAACACCAGAAGCAUAAUAAGUUAUAGUAGAUGGACAAAAUGUUAUUCCAGAUGUGUACAAUAUUUUGAAUAGAGUUAAAACAUUUACAGAAUCUGUUCGAUCUGGAACAUUUUUAGGAUACACUAAAAAAUAAUUGUUAAAUACAGUUGUUAUUGGAAUUGGAGGAAGCUAUUUGGGAAUAGAAUUCAUAUAUGAAGCCUUAAGAACACAUCAUGAAGGACAAUUAAAAUCUAAAGGAAGAUAAUUAAGAUUUUUGGCAAACGUUGAUCCUGUUGAUACAAUAAGAGCUUUAUAAGGUUUAAAUGUAGAAGAGACUAUUUUUGUUAUCAAUUCUAAGACAUUUACAACUGCAGAAACAAUUAUGAAUGCAAAAGUAUGCAGAAAUUGGAUUUUAGAAUAAUAUAAAUUGUUGGGUCAUGAAAAUGAAAAAGUAUUUAUAAUUAAAUAAAAAAGGAAAUAUUAGAAUCACAUUUAACAGCUGUAUCUACAAAUUUGGCUGAAACAGGCAAAUUUGGAAUUAAUGAAUAAAGAGUAUUUGGAUUUUGGGACUGGGUUGGAGGUAGAUAUAGUGUUACUAGUGCUAUUGGAGUUUUACCAUUGAGUCUUUAAUUUGGUUAUGAUUAUAUUGCUUAAGUCUUACAUGGAGCUCACUCUAUUGAUUAACAUCUUGUAAAUGAGAAAUAAGUAAAUAAGAAUCUACCUGUUCUUUUAGGAUUAUUGGGAUGGUAUAGAGCAAGUAUCUAAGUAAAUAAUAUAUAAUUAUAUUAGAAAUAUCAAGCUUUGGCUUUGAUUCCUUAUGCAUAAUGCUUAUUAAGAUUUCCUGCACAUGUUUAAUAAGUUCAUAUGGAAAGUAAUGGUAAGACAGCACUUGUUUAUCCUGAUAAACAUGAAUAAUAUUUAAGAUCUGCUUGUCCAUUUAUUUUUGGAGAACCUGGAACAAAUUCUUAACAUUCAUUUUUCUAAUUGAUUCAUUAAGGCUCAUAAGUUAUCCCUUGUGAAUUUAUAGGUUAUGCAAAAUCUUAAGCUGAAACUGGAGCUACUAAUCCAGCAGCUGUAAGAGAUUAACAUGAUGAAUUAAUGUCUAAUUACUUUGCUUAAGUUGAUGCUUUGGCAAGAGGAAAGACUAAGGAAGAAGUUAUAGCUGAAGGAGUAAAAGAAGAAUUAUAACAUCAUAAAGUAUUCCCUGGAGAUAGAUGUAGUUUACAAAUUCUAUUUUAAAAUGAAGCCAAUCCAUAUAAUGUAGGAUAAUUAUUGGCUCUCUAUGAACAUCGUGUACUUGUUGAAGGGUAUAAAUAUAUAUAUUUAUAAAAUUAGUAUUCUUUGGGGAAUUAAUCCAUUUGAUUAAUGGGGAGUUGAAUUAGGAAAGGUUCUUGCAAAAAAUGUUAGAUCAGUUCUAUUAAAAAAUGUUGAAAAUCAUAACAAUUUAGAUUUUACAGGAUUUAAUGCUAAUAGUGCUACCAAAAAUCUUAUUAGUCAUUAUAGAGCAUUUUAAGGAAAAUAAUGAU